AUGACAGCGUUGAAGAAUAUAGGGAAAAGUGUAACUGGAGUCUUUCAUAGACGUGGUAAAGAUGGAAAGUCUACAGAAGAUGAAAAUGGACUCAAUACGAUGGUAGAAUUGGAAGAUGAUGUGGACGCAUCCGAAUUUGAAGAUGAUGAAAAUGAAGUAGUCAAGAAGCCUAAAUCCAGAAGACCAAAGGAGACGAAAUUUACACAACAGAAAAUAGCAUCUUUCAAUCCAGUGCUAACACCCAAGAAAGUGCUUCCCAUCUAUUUCUUCCUCGGAGCGCUUUUCCUAAUUUUUGGUGGUGUCAUGCUCAAUAAUGCAAGACAUGUCGAUGAGAUAUUCGUGUUCUACCAAGACUGUGAUACGAACGCGCCAACGGAUGAUUUCGCAGACGUACCGGAUGACCAUUACAAAUACAUUUUCCACAAGGCUUAUAAUAAAGACGAUUUACCUGUUCCUCAAUGGAAGUACGUACCAGAUUCAGAUCCAGAUCCAGAGGAAUUGCAGACCGGUACCUGUCAAUUAAGAUAUUCAACUCCUUAUUCAUUAGAGGGUCCUUUGUAUAUAUACUACUACAUUGAAAACUUCUUUGGAAACCACAGAAGAUACGUGUUGUCCUUUAGUGAAUUCCAGAUCAUCGGUGACAAGGCUACCUUAGGCCAAGUCAAAGAUAAUAUCGGUAUCAACUGUAAACCCUUAGUGAGAGAUAGUGCAGGAAAAAUUUACUACCCAUGUGGUCUAAUAGCCAAUGCAAUGUUUAAUGACACUUUUCCUGAUACAAUGCAAGUGAUCUCAGAGGAUAGUGGAGACCAAGUGGAUACUAUUGAAUUGAGUAACAAAAAUAUCAAUUGGUCAACUGAUAAAGACCGUUAUAAGAAAACGAAAUAUUCACCUUCCGAAGUUGUUCCUCCACCUUACUGGAAAAAGCAAUUCCCAGACGGUUAUAAUGAUACAAAUAUGCCGGACAUUCAUGAAUGGGAAGAGUUUCAAAAUUGGAUGAGAACACCUGCUUUCUCGAAGUUCUCAAGGUUAAUCAGACGUUCUGCAAACUCACUUCCACAAGGUCAAUAUCAACUUGAUAUAGAUCUUCAUUGGCCCGUUACCAUUUACAAUGGUAAAAAAGCCGCAUACAUCACUCACGGUUCUACUCUAGGUGGACGCAACACCGCUCCAGGUAUUAUAUAUCUCGUUGGAGGUAGUAUUUGUUUCAUCCUUGCGCUGAUUUCGUUGGCAUCUCAUCUGUUCUGGGGCCGCUCCACGGCUGAUACUCACUUAUUAUCAUGGAACAAAUGA